AUGGAUCGUGACUUGUGGCUUCAAUUUCAACAUCUGGACCUGGGUUCCGCUCUCCAACCUCUACAGCUGUCCACUGAUACUCGCCAAAGACAAGCAAAUGAAAAUCGCUUAAGUCUGGUAGUGCGUGGGCUUAAUCCGACUCAACAGAAUUUGACAUGGAUGCGAAAUACCCUUCCAAGAGCUUGGAGACUCCAUGACCGUGUUCGAGGGCAACUCAAUGAUGAUGGUACUAUCAGGUUUAUUUUUGAUGCAGAACAUCAUCUUCUAUCUGUAAUCGAGAGAGGCCCAUGGUCGUUUAAGGACUGGAUGGUUGUUAUGGAUCCAUGGUAUAGGAGAUUAUACCCUAAUUACCUACAAACCAUAUCCUUUUGGAUUCAAAUUUUUAAUCUUCCUGAUGAGUAUCGCAAUCAACGUGUGGUGGAAGAUAUCAGUCGUAGAAUGGGACAAUACGAAGGAUCUAGACUUGUGGAGCCAACCCGAGAUUCUCCAUCUGAAGUUUGGGUCCGAGUUAAAUUUAAUGCUUAUGAACCCUUCUACUUCGUUCGACAUGUCCAACUUGAAGAAGGGGGUCCUCCAGUUCUACUUAGAUUUGAGUAUCAGAGGCUUAAGAAGUUUUGUAGUACAUGUGGGCGCCUUACUCAUGAUGAAGCAAACUGUCCUCUGGCUCCGAUACCUGAGCUAGAACCACCACAAGAGCAGCCUGAUGUAAACCAGGAUAUCGACCAGCAGGUGGAGGGGCAAGAGUUACAUGAACCACAGCAAGAUCUUAAUGAAUAUGAUGAGCCGAUUGAGGAGAUACAUACAACAGAAUAUUUCCAUGAUGUUGUCCCUCCUCUGUUAAAUCACAUCAGAGUUCAGCCUGCAGUUACACUAUUCGGUCAACCAGGAGCUAUAGUUGAAGCGGGCUCUACAUCUGGACAAGAGUCAGGUACUAAGCGUAAAGCUGAAGAUCCUCCAAUUGAUGAAGCCAGUCCUUCUCAUAGACAGCGAAUCUCAGAAGAAACUGAUGCAACAGGCUUGGUGGUUGCCUUAAAACCACCAGAAGAGCCAUGA